AUGCUCCGUGGAAUGAGUGAGGACUAUGCAACCUUUUCACAUGCUCCUCUUUCUCCCCCCCCCUCUCUCCAGGUGCAAGCGGCUUUCACCCAACUCGAGGCAGCGAGCACGCUGCGCCCGCACAUGCGCCGGGCAGUGGAGCAGGUGGCUCACGCGUGUGCUGCCCUCGCCGUCAGCGACAACGCCCCGCCACAAGCAGUGCAAGCGCUGCACCAGCUGCGGGUGGAGAUCACGUCGCGCUUCGUGAGCCGAGUGUGUCUGCUCACGCGCGGCAUCUCAGCAGAGCUCGUGGCGGACGAGGACUGGCGCCCCGUGCCCUCUGCGCUGCGCAUGGGGUCGCCCUUCGCCAUCUCCUCCUUCCCUCUGCGCCUCCGAGACCGCCUCGCCAACGCGUUUGAGCACGUCACUGCAGUGCUGACGGACAUGGCAGACGAGGAGGAGCUGAUCCCCCCCAGUGCGAGGCAGCUGCCGGGCUUCCCGACAGCGGAUGAGGUGGAGGAGGCCAUUCGCCUCAUGUAUGACUCCGUUAAGACCACCUUCGCCCAAGCCUUCCAAGAUGCAUGCGAUGCCCUGACGAAGCUAUCCCAAACGGCCAUCACCACCACCCCCCCUGACGCAGCUGCCACCAGCAGCGCCGCUGAGGGAGCAGGGGAGGCAGGGGCGGAGGGCAGGAAAGAGGGCGGGGGGGACGGGGCUGCUGCUCCCGCCCCCCCUGCUGCUGCCGUGCCGUCUGCCAAUCCCGAUGACAUCCCGGCUGAGCCUUAUGUGGGGCUCAAGGUGGGGGAGGAGCUAACAACAGCGGAUCAGCGGCUGCUCAUGCUGCUCAGCAACUGUGGCUUCUGUCGCUCCGUGCUCGCCCCCUACCUCGCCGAUAAAUUCACCUCGCUUUGGCUCAACCCCUACAGUGUGGAGCUGGAGAUGGUGAGUGCGACGGCGUACCGGCAGGUGCAGCCGCAGCACCAGCAGCAGCAGCAGCUGGCGGAGCUGAGGGGCGUGUUGGGGGAGGUGGAGCGCGUGUUUGAGGAGCUGGAGGCGUGGCUGGGCGACCAGUACAUCGCCAUCAAGGCCAACCACCUGGGCUUCGCCGUUAUUAAGUACUUCCUGGAAGACGGAACCUCCUGGGCCACUGCUCCUCCUGUCCGGGGGCUGCGGGAUUCGGCUCUCGAGCUCAUGCACCCUCUCGUGGCCGUCCAUGCUGAGGUGCAUGUGGGGUGCAGGCCAUUCGUGGACAAGGCGAUCAACACACUAGCGGAGGGCCUGAUGGACGCGCUGCAGCAGGUGGCGUACCAACACGAGGACCUGCAGCGCCUUGACGCCAAUGCCUUCUGCCAGCUCUCCCUUGAGCUGGACUACUUUGAAACCGUGCUGCACCCAUUCUCGUCGCCAGCACUGGAGGAGAUUCUGUUCCAGCUGCGCGAGAUGCUGCUGCAGCGCACCCUGCAGGCGCUGCAGCAGGAGGCCGCCCGUCCCGCCAAUGCGCGUGCCAGGGCUGAUAGCGAGGAGCGCGACAACCACCCGCAGACCGCUGCUGACCUCAAGGUGAUGGCCGACAACAUCAGUUCUGACCUGUUGCCCUACGAGCUGCGCCGCACCAAGGUUGCGAUGAGCGAGGCCAAGCGAAACUGGCCGUUCGUUUUUGGGUUCGCCGUGACGGGUUACCUUGUCGCGAAGCUGACCGCGUCGCUCAACCCCGCGGAUGCCCAAAAGUCUCCUUUUAUCAACGUGAACGCACACAGAUGA